AGACCCAACCUUGGCGAUUUUUAAGGCUUGUGGACUUCAACUCCCAGAAUUCCCCCCCAGAAUUGGACGUUCACAUUUACCUGCUUCUAAAUACUUGACUUCGGCGUAGCUGGGACUGAGGGAAUUCUGGGAGUUGAAGUCCGCAGUCGCCAAGGUUGGACGCUCCUGUUUCCUAGGCGAUGCGCGGGACAGCCGCGUCACAGUUGUGCGGGAGGAUGGAACGCGAGGCUCUGCGCAUGCGCCUCCUCCUCCUCGGCAUGGGACCUUUGGGACUUCGCGGGAGUUUUAGUCUCCCAAGAGGGGCCGCCUGUAUACAACUCCUAAUGCCGAUGGAAGGCUUACUCCGUCCCCGAGGAUGUCUCGGCGAUGCGAUAGGUUUUCUUUAAACGAAGAAAAGCAUGGAAAUGGCAACUGUACUUUGUAACAGAGCUAGACUGGUGACAUACCUGCCAGGAUUUUAUUCUUUGGUUAGAAGGGUUAUAACUCCCAAGACUUUUUCCACAGCAGGAUCCUCUGGCUCAGAUGAGCCUUCUGUUGCUGCUGCGCCUCCUGACAUAUGUCCAAAAACUGUGUGGCCAGAUGAAGUGAUGGGACCUUUUGGCCCUCAGGACCAAAGAUUUCAGCUACCUGGUAAUAUAGGUUUCGACUGUCACCUAAGUGGGACGGCACUUCAGAAGACGAGACAAGUUCAUAAAAAAAUACCUGAUCUAUUAAUAGAACCCUUGGCAAGUGAAAGGCAUGAAUUUGUGAUGGCCCAGUACGUCAACGAGUUCCAGGGUAAUAAUGCUGUUCAUAAACAAGACAUUGCCGAUGCCAAAAGUUACUUUGAAACUGCCAAAGUAGAAUGUGCGAUACAAGCAUGCCCAGAACUGUUGCGCAAAGAUUUUGAGUCAAUGUUUCCAGAUGUUGUUUCCAAUAAUAUAACAGUACUAACGGUAACGCAAAAAACUGUAAAUGAUAUGACUGGGUGGAGUGAAGAGGUAGAAAAUGAGCGAGAGGGCCUCAUUGAAAACUUUAUCAGCGGUGCUAAGGAAAUUUGCUACGCUUUGUCUUCUGAAGGCUACUGGGCAGACUUCAUUGAUCCAACAUCAGGAUUAGCAUUCUUUGGCCCUUACACGAACAACACCCUCUUUGAAACUGAUGAACGCUAUCACCAGUUAGGAUUUCUUGUGGAAGACCUAGGCUGCUGUAAAGUUAUUCGGCAUAAUCUAUGGGGAACUCACGUUCUAGUUGGAAGCAUAUUUACCAAUGCUACCCCUGACAGCCCUAUCAUGAAGAAACUGCGUGGGAAUUAAUAGCCCCUUUUCAUUAGAAGUUGGUUAAUAAACAUCGUUAGCUGUAGAUAGAUUAAGUAAUGCUGAUUUAUAGAUAGGAAAAGUUCUAUUAUUUAUUCUAGGUUUUGUAGUAUAUGAUUUAUAUACUAAUGCAACAUUUUAUUUUUGAGAUCAUAUGAGUGCGGGUGCAUGUGUACACACACAUACAUAUGUCUCUGAAAUCCUGAGCUCAUUCAUGGAAAUGAAAUGAAACACCCUCAGCAAUUUUAUUUUGAGAGUACAGAUCCUCAACACUCUCACCUUUGGUUACACAUCUUCAAUUAUAAUGUUGAAGAAGAAAAUGCGGUUGCACAGUAAAAGAAAAUAACUAACUCAACUAUCUUCAUUUUUACCAGAACCAGUAUUAUAUGUUGUUCGAAUAUUACCAAAACAGCUCAACUGGAUUAUUGAAAAAUUGUGAUCCACUUGGAUUCUCUUGCAACUGAUGACAAAACAUAAAGCAACACAACACUACUGUGUGUUAGGAUGCAGAGUUUGAGGUGUAGUUCAUCCUCUUGAAUCUAGCUUGCCACGUUGUGGCUCACUCCUUGAAAUACAAGUAUACCUUGAAUUCUUUUAGCAAAUAAUUAUCAUCUCUUGAGGCAUUACAGGAAGUCACAGAUAGCUGUUUUGUUUCUCUAACGACAUGGUACAUUGACAUUGCCUGAUGCAUCAGUUUACAUUGAAUAUCUUUAGUAGUAGGGUGUCUCAGGUUAACAUUCCUUAGCUGGAUUUGGGUUGUUGUAUCAGUUGACUGCAACAGCUGUCAGUGAGCUAUAAUAAUUCAUGGUUCAAUUGAUGAUUUGAGAUUCAGGUCAGUGUGCAACCUGGCUGGAGAGUGAUGUAUAAUAUCGAUGUUUGUAUAUGUGUAAAUGUAUCAUUUGAAUUUUUUUUCUCUGUGAUUUUGUUUACAAUAGUUGAAGAUGCUACAUACGAACAAACACUUCUAUAGGCUAAAGCUUGGUUUAUGGAUGCUGUAAAAGUAAGGAAAUGGUAAAUGAUCUGAUUGGGGUAGACAUUUUAUAUUGAAAAUGAGGAUUAAAAUGUUUUAAAUGCAUCUAAAAACUGUAUGGAACAGCAGGCAGCAUCCGCUUAUGCAGCAGAUCUUUCCUGCCUGACUUCCUUCACACCUUUGAAGAGUGAAGCUAGGUUGAGGUAGUUUGUUCACUGUCGGAGGCCAUUCCAAUAGUAGGGUAAAGAAUUCUUUCUUGUGCCCUCUUGGUUAAGGAGAAAAAACAAAUCGGAAAAUAGCAUUUGUUUCCAUGAAAUUCUUACAUGGGAAGAUUUUAAUUUUCUGUCAGACCACUCAACUGGCAGCGUCUUUGAUCACUUCAUUUUGCUGAGUGCCUCAACCUGCCUUCAAUUUCUUAGCAAGCAGUUGUAGUAAAGUUGUUCCAGAAGUUGCAUUACGAAUAGUUUGAAUUAGUUUGGCAUCUUUUAAACCACAUUCUAGGGCAGAUGUGUAUUGUUACUGAUUGUAGCAUCAUGGGAAGCUGACCUUGGGAGCAGUGGUGUUGUGCAAUUCUGCUCAUUUGCCUUUAAGGGGGGAAGGCUCUGCAGGAAGGAAAGAUCUGGGUUUUUUCUUAUUUUUCUUUCGUAUUUAUGUGGAUAAGAUAGAUAAGAAAGGGAUAUCACAGAUCAGAUCAGUUGCUGGAAGAUGAUCAGGAAAAGGCAGAUCUUUGCCAAAUUAAUUUUUAAAGCUAUCCAUUUCUUGAGAUAAACUUUUAUUUAUUUUUAUUUUAUUUGACAACUAUUGGCAGGCUGCUAUUGAAACAGCUUCAUGAACUGUAAAUUUAGGUAUAAUUGGAAAUCUAUAUGUACACCUAUUUUUAUACUGAAUAAAUGCUGGAACAAAAAACACAUGUAAAUAUUCAUUAGUCCUGAUAUAAUUUCUAAGUUGUAUAUUGGAACUAAUUUAAGAAAUAAACUGGGAAUUCAA